AUGUCCCAAGAUAGAAUUCUGUUAGAUUUAAAUGCAGUUAACCAAAGGUUAGCUCUCUUCGACUCUGCGUUCCCUUCUGAUGCUAUUGAGAAACCUUUCAAGUUCAACAGCAAGAAAUCAAUAUCAGAAAAUCUAAACAAAUUAGCAGAAACAUUAUUACAGAGCAGUUCCAUCGUCGGUCAUGUUUUCCUCUACAAACACAUUUUCUUAGAAAUUGUAGCACGUUGGACAACCAACUCUGACAAAAAAGACUCCGUUGUUGUAAUUGAACAAUUAGGAAGUAUCGUUACAAUAUUCCCAUCUGCAAUGCCAUUAAUCGAAGAUUAUUUAGACAGAGAAAACGAUCAUUUCAUUACUGUUCUCCAAAAUCCGUCUUCGCAAAGGGACUCCGAUUUGUUCAAAAUUUUAUUAGCAUAUUAUAGAUUAUUAUAUCACAACAAAGAGGUAUUUGCACGCUUUAUCCAACCCGACAUUCUAUAUAAACUUGUGGACUUGCCAAACGAAGACCAACAAAACCAGGUUAUUACGUUUCUAACGUUGAAAGUUCUAUCUUUAUACUUGGAUAUGGGAGAAAAAUCCAUAAAUGAUAUGAUAGACAUUUACAUCAAAUCACACGAUACACUAUUGGGCUGGUCUAAGGAUGAUUCUAAAGUAGAUUACAGUUUUCUCGAAUUGAAUGAAGCUAAAAGAUUUGCAAAUUUUUCUAAAUUACCCAAUGUUCCAGAGUGUUUUACUGUCGAUAAAAAGCAUAACUACUUUGUUAUUGAAUCUCAGGAUCUGAAUAGUAAGGUUACAUCCAUCUGCGGUGUCAUUGUACCUAAGAUCCAUACUAUUCAUGACAAGGUAUCAUACCCAUUAACACUUGUUCCCACUGAAAAGACAGUUUCUUCCCUCCGUGAGCUUGCAAAGAGAAUUCAGAAUUCGACACCAAUUAUGCUUGUUGGAAGAGCGGGCUCCGGUAAGACAUUUCUAAUUAACGAGUUGAGUAAGUACAUGGGCUGCCACGAUUCGAUUGUCAAAAUUCAUUUAGGUGAACAAACUGAUGCCAAGUUAUUGAUCGGUACCUACACAUCUGGUGACAAACCCGGUACUUUUGAAUGGAGAGCCGGUGUUUUGGCCACCGCAGUUAAAGAAGGUAGAUGGGUGCUUAUAGAGGAUAUCGAUAAAGCUCCAACAGAUGUUUUGUCAAUUCUUUUAUCGCUGCUAGAAAAGCGUGAACUUACAAUCCCAUCCAGAGGGGAAACUGUGAAGGCAGCAAAUGGUUUCCAAUUAAUAUCGACCGUUAGAAUCAAUGAAGAUCAUUCGAAGGAAAAUGCUAAAAAAAUCUAUAACUUGAAUAUGAUUGGUAUGAGAAUCUGGAAUGUCAUUGAACUAGAGGAGCCGAGCGAAGAGGACCUAACACAGAUUUUGGUUCAAAAAUUCCCAAUCUUGACCAACCUCAUUCCAAAACUAAUUCACUCUUACAAGGCUGUUAAAAGUAUUUACUUAAACACACGGUUUAUUUCAUUAAACAAAGGUGCACAUACGAGAGUCGUGUCCGUAAGAGAUUUAAUCAAGUUAUGCGAAAGAUUAGAUGCCCUAUUUAAGAACAAUGGAAUCAACAAACCAGAUCAAUUGAUCGAAUCUUCCAUUUAUGAUAGUAUUUUCUCCGAGGCUGCCGACUGUUUUGCCGGUGCUCUUGGAGAAUUCAAAGCUUUAGAACCUAUUAUUCAAGCAAUUGGUGAAUCAUUAGACAUCGCCUCCUCAAGAAUUUCUUUGUUUUUGACGCAACAUGUGCCCACUUUGGAAAACCUCGACGAUAGCAUUAAAAUAGGAAGAGCUCUGUUGCCCAAAGAAAAGUUAAACAUACAAAGGAAAUCAAUGAACAGCACAUCAUUUGCAUUCACAAAUCAUUCGUUGAGACUAAUGGAACAGAUAUCUGUUUGUAUACAGAUGACUGAACCCGUUUUACUGGUAGGUGAGACGGGUACUGGUAAAACCACCGUUGUUCAACAACUCGCCAAGAUGUUAGCCAAAACAUUAACAGUAAUAAAUGUCUCACAACAAACAGAAACUGGAGAUCUAUUAGGUGGUUACAAACCCGUAAACUCUAAAACAGUUGCAGUUCCUAUCCAAGAAUACUUUGAAACUCUUUUCAAUGCCACGUUUUCCUUGAAAAAAAAUGAAAAAUUUCAUAAAAUGCUUCAUAGAUGCUUUAACAAAAAUCAGUGGAAGAAUGUUGUUCGGCUUUGGAACGAAGCUUUCAAGAUGGCCAAAAGCAUUUUGAAAACCACCGAGUCUGAUGAUGAAGAUGAAAGCACGAAAAAGAAAAAAAGAAGACUCAACACCCAUGAAAAAAGGUUACUACUAGAUAAAUGGAGAGACUUCAAUGACUCUGUAAAGAAAUUCGAAGCUCAAUCUAGCUCCAUUGAAAACUCAUUCGUUUUCAAUUUUGUCGAAGGUUCAUUAGUAAAAGCUAUUAGAAAUGGGGAGUGGUUAUUACUCGAUGAAGUAAAUUUGGCCACUGCAGAUACUCUAGAAAGUAUUUCCGAUCUUCUUACAGAACCCAACUCACGUAGCAUUCUUCUUUCAGAAAAGGGUGAUGCUGAACCUAUAAAAGCCCAUCCAGACUUUAGGAUAUUCGCUUGUAUGAACCCUGCUACAGAUGUUGGUAAGAGAGAUUUGCCCAUGGGCAUCAGAUCAAGAUUUACCGAAAUAUACGUUCAUUCACCAGAACGCGAUAUUUCUGAUUUACUUUCCAUUAUCGAUAAAUAUAUUGGAAAACACAGUGUUAGUGAUGAGUGGGUAGGAAACGAUAUUGCUGAGCUUUAUCUAGAAGCCAAAAAACUUUCCGAUAAAAAUACAAUUGUCGAUGGUUCGAAUCAAAAACCGCAUUUUAGUAUUCGUACAUUAACACGGACUUUGCUUUAUGUUACUGAUAUUAUUCAUAUUUACGGUUUACGUCGUUCUCUUUACGACGGGUUCUGUAUGAGUUUUUUGACUUUACUUGACCAAAAAUCCGAAAGUAUUUUGAAGCCAGUAAUCGAAAAAUUCACUUUGGGAAGGUUAAAGAACAUGAAGUCCGUUAUGUCUCAGACGCCUCCUUCCCCAGGUCCAGAAUAUGUUCAAUUUAAACAUUACUGGAUGAAAAAGGGUCCGAAUGAAAUCCAAAAUCAAGCACAUUACAUUAUCACACCUUUUGUUGAAAAGAAUAUGAUGAAUUUGGUUAGAGCUACAUCAGGUAAAAGAUUUCCGGUACUGAUUCAAGGUCCAACAUCAUCUGGUAAGACUAGUAUGAUUAAGUAUCUUGCAGACAUAACAGGCCAUAAAUUUGUUCGUAUAAAUAAUCAUGAGCACACAGAUUUACAAGAAUAUUUAGGUACUUAUGUUACCGAUGACACAGGUAAACUAUCGUUUAAGGAGGGUGUUUUGGUUGAAGCCCUUCGAAAAGGUUAUUGGAUUGUUUUAGAUGAAUUAAAUCUUGCCCCAACAGAUGUUUUAGAAGCUCUUAAUAGGCUACUUGACGACAACAGGGAACUUUUCAUUCCGGAGACACAAGAAGUGGUUCAUCCCCAUCCUGAUUUUCUCCUUUUUGCCACUCAAAAUCCUCCAGGAAUAUACGGAGGCCGUAAGAUUCUCUCAAGGGCUUUUAGAAAUCGUUUCCUGGAAUUACACUUCGACGAUAUUCCACAAGAUGAAUUAGAAGUUAUUCUACGGGAACGUUGCCAAAUUGCACCAUCAUACGCAAAAAAAAUUGUCGAGGUUUAUCGUCAAUUAUCUAUUGAACGUUCCGCUUYAAGAUUGUUCGAGCAAAAGAAUAGUUUUGCCACACUGCGUGAUCUUUUCCGUUGGGCUUUGAGAGAUGCAGUUGGUUACGAACAGCUUGCUGCCAAUGGUUAUAUGCUUCUAGCGGAAAGGUGCAGAACCCCCCAAGAAAAGAUCACUGUUAAAAAGACUUUAGAAAAAGUAAUGAAAGUCAAUCUCGACAUGGAUAAAUAUUAUUCAAGCCUAGAGGAUAGGUCCCUGGAAUCCGUAGGUUCCGUGACUUGGACUAAGGGAAUACGCCGACUAUCUGUUUUGGUUUCUAGCUGUUUAAAAAACAAGGAGCCAGUAUUAUUAGUCGGUGAAACUGGGUGUGGUAAAACUACAAUUUGCCAAUUAUUAGCGCAGUUCAUGAAUCGGGAAUUGAUAACUUUAAACGCGCAUCAAAAUACAGAAACCGGGGAUAUCCUAGGAGCUCAGAGACCUGUCCGUAAUAGGUCUGAGGUCCAGCAUAAGUUGGUAAACCGUCUAAGAAUUGUUUUAGAUGUUGCUAACGAUGAGGAAAUAAAUCUUCAAGAGUUAUUACAGCUUUACUCCAACAUGGAUAGGAAAAAUAUACCCGAAGAAGCCCACAUUGAAAUAAAGAAACUAAAGGACAGUUUGAAUAUUCUAUUCGAAUGGAAUGAUGGUCCUCUAAUCCAAGCUAUGAAAACUGGAAACUUCUUUCUACUAGACGAAAUAUCGCUAGCUGAUGAUUCUGUACUUGAAAGACUAAACAGUGUUUUGGAACCGGAAAGAAGUUUGUUGUUAGCAGAACAGGGAUCAUCUGACAGUCUUGUAACGGCUGCAGAAGAGUUUCAGUUUUUUGCAACUAUGAAUCCAGGUGGAGAUUAUGGUAAAAAAGAACUAUCCCCUGCGUUGAGAAAUAGAUUUACCGAAAUAUGGGUUCCAUCCAUGGAAGACUUCAACGAUGUGAACAUGAUAAUUUCCUCCAAGCUUUCAAAGGACUUGAAAGACCUUGCAAGCCCAAUUGUCAAAUUUUCUGAAUGGUUUGGUAAAAAGUUGGGAGGGGGAAAUGCAACCAGCGGUGUCAUUUCUUUACGUGACAUACUUGCAUGGGCUGAGUUCAUCAAUAAGGUAUUUCCUAAGGUUCAAAACAAGUCGACAGCGCUAAUUCAAGGUGCAUCAAUGGUUUUCAUUGAUGCUCUUGGCACAAAUAAUACCGCUUACUUGGCUGAAAAUGAAAAUGAUUUGAAAUCGCUAAGGUCAGAAUGUAUUGUACAACUACUAAAACUGUGUGGUGAAGAUUUGGAACCACAACACAUAGGUGCUAAUGACAUUACCAUUACGCAGGAUGACUUGCAAAUCGGGAUGUUUAAAAUUCCAAGGCUGCCAGAUGGCCAAUCCUCCUCCUUUAAUUUAACAGCCCCUACUACUGCCUCAAACUUAGUAAAAGUCGUUAGGGCUAUGCAAGUUCACAAGCCAAUUUUACUUGAAGGUAGUCCAGGUGUUGGUAAAACGAGUUUAAUAACUGCUCUUGCUGAUAUUACAGGAAAUAAGCUUACAAGAAUCAACCUCUCUGAGCAAACGGAUCUAGUCGAUCUAUUUGGUGCGGACGCACCUGGUGAAAGAAGCGGCGAGUUUGUAUGGCACGAUGCUCCUUUCUUGAGAGCCAUGAAGAAGGGUGAGUGGGUUCUAUUAGACGAAAUGAAUUUAGCCUCUCAGUCUGUUUUAGAAGGUUUGAAUGCCUGUCUAGAUCAUCGUGGUGAGGCAUAUAUUCCAGAAUUAGACAUCUCGUUUUCUUGUCACCCCAACUUUCUCGUCUUUGCUGCACAGAAUCCUCAGUAUCAGGGUGGUGGUAGAAAAGGUCUUCCUAAGUCAUUUGUAAAUCGUUUUAGUGUGGUCUUCAUUGAUAUGCUUGCAGCUAAUGAUCUUCUCCUGAUUGCCAAACAUUUAUAUCCAAGUAUUGAAACAGAGGUUAUCACUAAAAUGAUUCAGUUGAUGUCCGCUCUAGAAGAGCAAGUUUGUAAAAAGAAACUUUGGGGUAGUUCAGGUUCACCAUGGGAGUUUAAUCUAAGAGAUACUUUACGUUGGUUAAAGCUACUAAACCAGUAUUCAAUUUGUGAGGAUAUUGAUGUGUUUGACUUUGUCAAUAUCAUUGUCAAACAGAGGUUCCGUACCAUUAGUGAUAAGGACAAGGCACAAGUUCUUAUUGAAGAUAUUUUUGGUAAGUUUUCAACUAAACAAAACUUUUUCAAGCUCAGUGAUGAAUAUAUUCAAAUCAACAACGAAGUGGCUUUAAGAAAUCCACACUACCGUUAUCCAAUUGCUCAAAAUCUUUUCCCAUUAGAGUGUAACACUGCGGUCUAUGAAUCUGUAUUGAAGGCGAUCAAUAAUAAUUGGCCAUUAAUACUUGUUGGUCCUUCAAAUUCUGGUAAAACUGAAACCAUAAGAUUUUUAGCUUCCGUUUUAGGUCCCCAAGUAGACGUAUUUUCAAUGAACAGUGAUAUAGAUAGUAUGGAUAUUCUUGGUGGUUACGAACAAGUUGACCUAACUAGAAAAAUAUCAUACAUUACCGAAGAUCUAAUAAAUGUCUUAAGAGAAAUUCUGUCUAUGAAUAUGAAGUUGCCACCAAACACUACGGCAAUCACGGAAGGUCUCAAUCUUCUAGAAUAUUUGCUCAAUAAUAUUAUCACACCCGACAAAUUCCAAGAUCUCAAAAAUCGUUUCAACAAGUUUUUCUCGCAUUUAGAGGAGCACUCCUUAUUAAAAGAGAUUGGCCAAAACAUUGAGGAGAUGUCAGACGUCGUCAACAAGGAAGUUUCGGUCAGAUUUGAAUGGUUCGAUGGUAUGCUAGUCAAAGCAGUGGAAAAAGGUCAUUGGUUAAUUUUAGAUAACGCCAAUCUUUGUUCCCCUUCCGUCCUCGAUAGACUAAACUCCCUUUUGGAAACAGAUGGGUCGCUACUUAUCAAUGAAUGUAGCCAAGAGGAUGGCCAGCCAAGAGUUCUCAAGCCUCAUCCUAAUUUUAGAUUGUUUUUGACCAUGGAUCCCAAAUAUGGUGAAUUAUCCCGUGCCAUGAGAAAUAGAGGUGUCGAAAUUUAUAUGGAAGAACUAAACUACCGCUCUACCAAUUUCGACAGCCUCACUUUGGGAUUUGAACCUAAAGAAACUGAUAUAAAGCCCGUUUCUAUUGAUCAUUGCAUGGAAAAAAUGAAUUUAAGCGAACUGAAAACAUCAAUGCCAUUUAAACACUUCAUUCCAUCCCAUUUGAGUAAGCCAUGCGCACUUGCCCAAAUACACGAUAUUAUAUCGUUAUCAGAUGAUGAUACGCUUGUAGAAUCUCUUGCGGGUGUGAUUCCAAUUUCCCGGUUGGGGGAAAUCGGUAAAUGGACUAAUAAUAUUUCGAACAAUACCGAGUACUCAGAACAAAAGAUUGCAGAGAAGCUUUAUGUUUUUAUAACAUUUUUAGCCGAUAUGGAUAUUUUACAGAAGACCAAUAAUCUAUACAUCCCCGCAAAUCUAAAACUAAAAGAGGCAUUAGGAGUACAGGCCAAGCAACUAACUGAAGAGGCUUUAUUGCUUACUUUGAACGAGUACGUUCUUCCAACAAUCAGCAAAUACUGCGAUGAGAUCAGAUCUCCAGAGUCACUAUAUUUAUUAUCGACUUUGCGUCUAUUGCUUAACUCACUAAGCACAAUGAAAUCUGUCAAUACGAAAUCAACGCAUGGUAAGAUUGACGAAUUGACUUAUAUUGAAUUAUCAGCUGCCGUCGUUAAUGGUCGUCACGUGAAAAAUACUCCUCGCAUUCCAAUCUUCUCAAUUCUUUACAACCUUUCAAAUGUCAUAUCUGAAAAUAUCAAGAAUGAGGAAUUAUUUUGCGGGCCUAACAAGUAUCAACACUAUUGGGAUUUACUAGUAAUCAUAACCGCAGCAUUAGAAACAGCCACUAAUAAGGAUGAAGCACGUCUAAGAGUAUACAAAGAGUUAAUAGACAAUUGGAUAACAUCUGCAAAGGCUGCGGGAAUGGAAACAUCUCCGUUUAGUGACAUCAAUUCAGAGUUUACGGAUGUUUUACAUUUAUCAAGAGGGCACUCAAUAACUUUAUUGUGGGAAACGUUUAGAAAGAAGUAUCCAACAAUCUCGGAAAGCUGGUUAGCUUUUGAAAAGCUUAUUAUAUUAUCUAAAAAAUUUGACACGGUUCGACUACUACAGUUUUCUGAAUCGUAUAACUCUAUUCAAGAUCUGAUGGAUAUUUUCCGGCUUUUGGUUGAAGACGUUUUGGAUAAUAAUUUGACAGAGUUUGACCUUUUAGUGUCGAAGCUAGAGGAUGGUAUAAACGAAUUAGAACUCAUUUCCGACAAGUUUUUAAACAAAAGAAAGCAUUAUUUUGUUAAUGAAUUCGACAGCUUGAUCAGGUACACAUUCUCACAUGACUGCACCGAGCUGAUUAAAGAACUUGCACCUGCUUCAUCUUUAACGACACGAAAGCUCACAAAACUUGCUAUCAACAAAUACAAUUACCCACCGAUCUUUGAUAUCCUUUGGACCGAAAAGGAUGCCAAAUUCACUUCUUUCACUUCUUCCAUAUUUUCGUCUCAGUUCCUUGAAGAUAUUGUCUGCAAAUCUAACAAUUUGAAAACAUUUUCUGGGAACCAGAUAAAGCAGUCUAUUAGUGAUGCCGAGCUCUUGCUCUCUUCUACUAUUAAAUGUUCACCUAGUUUAUUAAGAAAUCAAGUGAACUGUUAUAAAGCUAUGCUAUCAACCUGGAUUGGUAGAAUUAUUGACAUACACGUUGGUAUGGACUGUUCGAAAUUGACUUCAAAAGAUAUAUGCUCUUCUAUGGAAGGAAAGGCUACUUCGGAGACAUGCGCUACCUUCACAGAAUAUAUACUCCCCGCUUUAGAGUUGGCUAAGAGUUCUGAGUCAUUGGAAGCAUUAGGAGAGGCAUGGAUUUUGUUUGGUACAGGAUUACUUCUGCUUUAUGUACCAGAUUCUCCAUAUGAUCCAGCCAUACAUGAUUACGUUUUGUAUGAUUUGUUUUUCAAGACCAAAAACUUUUCUCAGCAGUUGGUUAAGAAUUGGAAAAAUGUCCGUGAAGUCACCAGUGGUGACGAAGAAAUUCUCACAGAAAAACUUGUUAAUGUCAUAAGUGAUGAUGACGCACCUCAGUCUCCUAGAGUCUAUCGUGCGAAUGUAUCUAUUGACUGUCUAUUUGACGAGUGGAUGGCGUUUUUAACCUCAACUAUGAGUUCCCAACAGAUAAAUGAGUUAAUGAGUGCUUAUAAGUGCAACUCUAAUCAAUCGGAUCGUCGAUUAGAGAUGCUUCAACAGAAUAGUGCUCAUUUCUUAAAUCGUCUCGACAGUGGCUACUCCAAGUUUGCUGAUUUAAAUGACAUCCUUGCUGGAUAUAUUUACAGUGUGAACUUUGGUUUCGAUUUGUUGAAGCUUCAAAAGUCCACAGAUAGGGCCACAUUCCAGAUUUCUCCAUUAUGGAGUAUGGACCCUAUCAAUAUUUCAAGCACAGACAGCGUCGUGAGUGCUUAUCGUGAACUGUCAAAAUUCUUCAAAAAAAGUACCGUAGAAAAUAGCUCAGUCGAAAAGAUUUUGGUUUACUUCUUAACACUAUUCAAAUUCCAUAAGAAAGACGUGCUACUACUAGAUGUAUUCAGAGCUGCCUUGUAUACGCUAUAUUCAAGGUGGUCACUUAGACGUUUAAGACAAGAACAAGAGGCAAAUGAGAAGUCGAGUAUGUUCAGGUUCAACGAUGAUUCAGAUGACUAUGAAGCCGAUUUCAAAAAUCUAUUCCCUGAUUAUGAGGAUACCGUUUUGAUAACUGAUGAGAAGGACGGUUCUACCUACGAAAACUUAGACGAGACUUACUUCCAAGUUGCAGACACAUACAUCUCUGUCUUUGAUAGAAACAAUAGCGCCAACUUUUCGACCGAGUUACGAAACGGUGCAAAAAUAACGACAAUUUUGAAAGAAGAGUUAGUAAACACCAAGAUCGAAUGUUUAAAGAGUGGAACUUUAUCGGCUGUCAUUAACAGACUUGAUGAAGAAACCCAAUCUUUCAAAAAUGCAAAAGAUUUUGGAAGUAUAGAUUUUUACCACGAUUUCUCCAUCGCUGAGUUCCAAAAAGCAAGUAGCAUUAUUGAGAGCAUUCUAAAGUCAGUUUUAAAAUUACUGGAGCAAUGGCCAGAACAUGCUUCUCUGAAUGAAUUGUAUCGAGUUUCUCAAGAGUUCUUGAACUACCCUGUUCAAACACCUUUAGCUAGACAGCUGCAAAAAAUUGAACAAAUAUAUACGUUCUUAGCUGAAUGGGAAAAAUACGCAUCUUCCGAGGUAUCUUUGAGUACUAAUGUGAAACUGAUUACUGAAUUGAUAGUUUCGUGGAGGAAGUUGGAACUAAGCACCUGGAAAGGUCUUUUCAAUUCGGAAGACAAAAAAAUUAGAAAAUCUAUUGGCAAAUGGUGGUUUUAUUUGUACGAAUCUAUUAUCAUAUCAAAUUUCAGUAAUGAAAAGGAGGAAAUCACGGCUAACACUACUCUUUUGGUAAGCUCGUUGAACCUAUUUUUCAGUAAGAGUACCUUGGGUGAGUUUGGUGCCAAGCUGGAUCUUGUGGAAGCAUUUUACGAACAUAUUCAACUAAUUGGGUUCAAAAAUUCUAAAGUAGAAGGUUUACUCCACAAUACAUUAAAAUUUUACUACCAGUUUAAACCGUUAAUUGAUGAACGUAUCAAAGGAGGGAAAAAGAGUCUAGAAAAAGAAAUUGACGAUAUAAUUCUUUUAGCAAGUUGGAAGGAUGUCAAUGUUGAUGCUCUGAAACAAAGUUCUCGUAAAUCCCAUAACAACCUUUACAAGAUUGUUAGAAAAUACCGUGAUUUGUUAAGUGGCGAUGUAAAAACAAUUAUCGAGAGUGGUCUUGUAUUUUCCAAAGAUAAUAAGAUAAAAUUAUCUGCUUUAAGACAGCAUUUUUACGAAGACCCUAACCUAGAGACUUCAAAGAUUUUGGUUAAAGAAAUUACUAGCUGGAGCUCCAGACCUUCGGCACUAAGGAACAUCGACAUUGUAGAAGUGAACAUGAAUUCUUACCUAGAAAAAAUAUCUUCGCAAGAAUUUCCAAAUUUUGGGGAUUUUGCUUUAGAAUUUUAUGUUGAAGCUGAAAGAUUGCGUAAGGAAACCCCAGGUGUUUAUACGAAGGAGAACAAGAAGGUAUUGGCAUAUUUGAAAACUCAAAAGAGUAAGGUCUUAGGUGACGCAUUAAAAGAACUUAGAAGAAUCGGUUUGAAGGCCAAUUUCAGGGAAGAUAUUCAAAAAGUCCAAUCUUCCACUACAACUAUUUUGGCAAACAUUGCUUCCUUCAGUGAAAAAUAUUUGAACUCUGCGGACACAUUUUUCUUCAAAAUUCUCGAUCUUUUACCCAAACUGAGAAACGCUGUAUCAAAUCCAAGUGAUGAUAUCCCUAUAUCGGCUGUAGAAAGAGGUAUGGCCCUUGCUCAAAGUUUGGUAUUCUCUUUAAUUACGGUUCGCCGUCCACUAUCAGAGUUCACGAAUGACUAUUCUAGGGUGAACGAUAUGAUGUUGGACCUAGAAUGUUUUUCCAGCUCAAAGGGAGACAUUGUUCAUUCCUCUAUGGGAGCAAACAUAGACAAUGUUAGAAUAUUUGAGAAAUGGUUGCCUUCUUUACUGGAUUAUGCUGCACAUACUCUGUCCGUUAUUUCAAGGUAUUCUACAUCUUCAGCGGAACAGAAAGUUUUAUUAGAUGCGAAAUCAAACCUAUCGUCUUUCUUCCUCCAGUUUAAUUCAAGCCGAAUUCUCGAUUCUUCAUUCAUUGAGUCGUAUUCUGCAUUUGAAUCAUUCAUUAACAAGUUAUUAAUAAAGCUUGAAAAGGCAAAGACGGCAGAGAACAGUUUUGUCUUCGAUAUUAUUAUAUCAUGGAUUAAGAAAAACAAAUCAGGAUCUAUUAAAGAUGAACAACUUGAAGGUCCUUCUGUAGAAGAAAUUGAAAAAGCCUUCCGCCGUAUUUUCACAUCUAUAAUACUAUCUUUCCAAAAGAUAAUCGGGGAUGGUUUUGAAUCCAUAUCUGAAGACGAUGAUAGAUGGCUAGCUAAUAGUUUCAAGAAGAUCAUGACAAACGUCAAACUACUAAGGUCCGGACUUGUUACUAAAACCAUCGAAGCCGCAUUAUCUUUAUUAAAGAGCUUUGACUUUACAACUACGAAAUCAAUCUACGUAAAGUCGAUUAUAUCAUUCACGUUGCCAGUUAUUACCCACUAUUAUAACGCAAUGACCGUUGUGCUUGAUAAGUCGAGAACAUACUAUAUCAACACAAGUCAUGGUACCUAUAUUCUGUCAACGAUAUUGCAUAGUCUAGCCAAAGAUGGGUUCUGUUCUCCAGAACCACCAUCUGAAGAGGUUGACGACAAAAACUUGCAAGAUGGUACAGGUUUAGGUGAUGGCGAAGGUGCUCAAAAUAAUAAUAAGGACGUAGAACAAGAUGAAGAUUUGACAGAGGACGCACAAAAAGAAAACAAAGAUCAGCAAGACAAAGACGACAGAGAUGACGAAAAUGAAGACGAUGCCGUUGAGAUGGAGGGCGAUAUGGCUGGUGAGUUAGAAGAUAUAUCCAAUGGUGAAGACAACGAAAAUGAAGAUGAAAACACUGAUAGUGAAGAGGAAGAAUUGGAUGAAGAAAUUGACGACCUGAACGAAGAUGAUCCCAACGCAAUUGACGAUAAAAUGUGGGAUGAAAAAGCAAACGAAAAUUCGAAAGAAAAAGAUACAGAACAAAACUUGGAUGGAAAAAAUCAAGAAGAAGAUGUGCAAGCCGCCGAAAACGACGAACAACAAGAAGAUAAUAAGGAAGAGGCUGAAGAAAACUCAAACACGCCUGAAGAUGGAGACGAAGAAGUGGAGAACGAUGAGGACGCUGAAGAGGAAAAUGAUGUCGGCGAGCAAGAGGAUGAAGUUAAAGAUGAACAAGGUGAUGAUUUAGAAGCUAAUGUUCCCGAAAUUGAAACUCUUGAUCUUCCUGAAGAUAUGAAUUUAGAUUCAGAAGGUGAACAAUCCGAAGGAGAUGCUGAUAUGUCUGACGGAAUGUCUGAUGACCCAGACAAACAGGAGACUGACGAUGAAAAUGAGGAAGCUAAACAAGAAGUCGAUAACGAAGCUGAUGAGCCAGAUUCUGACACAGAUGCUAACCAAGAUGAGUUAGAUGAUAAUGAAAACGACGAUGCUCAAGAGGACGUUGAUAUGGCAAACGAGGAGGUCGGAGAAAACGAAGAAAAUGAGUCAGAUGAGCAAUUCAUGUCAGAUGAAGAGCAAUUAAAACAAGAUGAAAAUACAGAAGAAAACAAAGAGAAAGGGGGAGAGGAGAACGCUGAAGGGCUCGAUGGUGUUGAAGAACAGGCGGAAGUCGAAGACAUAGAUCAGGAGGCUGCUGUUCAACAAGACUCUGGAUCCAAAGGAACUGGAGCAGAUGCCAGAGAUACUCAGGAACAAGAAGACAUCGGAGGCUCAGGAACCACCCAGAAUACAUAUGAAGAAGACCAACAAGAUUCAACUGAGAACAAUGAAGACUCUCGUGAGGAAGCCAAGGCUGCCUUAAAACAGUUAGGUGACAGUUUGAAAGAGUACCACAAACGUCGUCAAGAUAUAAAAGAGGCGACAUCCAAUGGCGAAGAAGACGAGAGCGUUGAGAAAAAGAAUGAGCGUCCAGACGAAUUUGAACAUGUAGAUGGUGCAAACACCGAGACAGACACUCAAGCUCUAGGCUCUGCAACCCAAGAUCAAUUAGAGACUAUUGAUGAAGAUAUGGCUAUCGACGACGACAACGAAGAGGAAGAAUCCAACGAAAAGGACUUGACAGAAGACGCCGAUGCCGAGAAAAUGGAUAUCGAUGAAGAGGAUAUGUUACAUGAUGCUGAAGAUCAUGAGACGAACAAUGAAGUUGAAAAUAAAAAAUCAGGGUUUAUUGGUGAAAGAAAGGAAGAACAAGAUUACGGAAGUGGGUUCCCAGAUGAACAUUUCUUAGAGGAUCAAGAUAAUGAAGACGAAUUAGAAGCCCUAAUUGAAAAUAUUGAUGAUAGUGCGCAUGACGAAAACGCUAUCGCAGAACCAGAAAGAUCAUUAGAAGAAUCCCGCCAAUUGUGGCAUAAGAGUGAAAUUUCUACUGCUGAUUUAGUCUCGCGUCUUGGCGAACAACUAAGAUUAAUUUUGGAACCUACUUUAGCCACGAAAUUGAAAGGUGAUUACAAGACCGGUAAAAGGCUAAACAUGAAACGAAUUAUUCCGUAUAUUGCCUCCCAGUUCCGUAAGGAUAAAAUAUGGUUGAGAAGAACUAAACCAAGCAAACGUCAAUAUCAAAUCAUGAUUGCACUUGAUGAUUCAAAGUCCAUGAGUGAGUCCAAAUGUGUUAAACUAGCUUUUGAUAGUUUAUGCUUGGUCUCCAAAACAUUGACACAACUCGAGGCCGGUGGUUUGUCCAUCGUUAAAUUUGGUGAAAAUGCUAAAGAAGUUCAUUCCUUCGAUCAACAGUUCAGCAACGAAUCUGGGGCAAGAGCCUUCCAAUGGUUUGGGUUCCAAGAGACCAAAACAGAUGUUAAAAGACUUGUUGCUGAAUCCAUCAAAAUCUUCGAACGCGCUCGUGCAAUGGCACAUAAUGACCAAUGGCAAUUGGAAAUUGUUAUUUCCGAUGGUGUGUGUGAAGAUCAUGAAACCAUACAGAGAUUGGUACGUCGUGCGAGAGAAAACAAAAUCAUGUUGGUUUUCGUUAUCAUCGAUGGUAUUAGUUCAAAUGAAUCUAUCUUAGACAUGAGUCAAGUGAACUACAUUCCAGAUCAAUUUGGUAAUCCACAGUUAAAGAUUACUAAAUACUUGGACACUUUCCCGUUUGAAUUUUAUGUUGUUGUGCAUGAUAUCAGUGAACUACCUGAGAUGCUUGCACUAAUUUUGCGUCAAUACUUUACAGAUUUAGCAUCCAGUUAA